AUGAUCUCACGCCUGCGUCUGGGCGGUGCUGGAGGUAAUGCCAAUAAUGGAAGUGCUAGCACAAGCACCAGCAUUUUUGGUGCCGCCGCGUCGGCCAUGAGCAGCAUCAGCGGCGGGAGUAUUCUUCCAGGCAACAGCUAUGUUGAGAGUGCAGCAGCUGCCGCAGCUGCCAACCACGCAGCUAGCUCAAACGCUGCUGGAUCUUCAGGAGCUGCAGGUCUAGAGACGCCCAACAGCGUCAAAGCAGCGGGUGGAGGAUUUUUUGGGGUACAACGCAUGGUAGCGCUCGUCAAUCAGGCUAAUAGGAGUUUGCAGUCGCUUCAAGGAACUACAGCAGUUCAAGGAGGUAAAGCUGGGACGCAGACGAGAGGCUCACAAGAUGUCGAUCGUGAUGGUCAAGUGAUUGUGGAAAUUUUUGAAAAUGAACGUCUUGAAGGAAAGUUGCAGGCUAUGGAUCCAAAACGUUUCAGUGACCGCCAUGCGGCACCUGGUGCAGGGCAAGACGAGAAGCCCGAGGGAGAUCUAACUGCUGGUUAUGAAUGGGUUACAGACUGGGAAAUUGAUCAAAAUUAUACUGCAGUGGACCGUGACGGAUGGACAUAUGCCGCUGACUUUGUAGAAAUAGUUCGAUUGCUUGGGGAUGAUUUAAGUCACGCUUCACGUCACCCCACGGACGCAGUUCGUCGACGUCGAUGGAUUCGUUAUCGCCAAUGUGUAGAUGAAAAUACACCACAGUCACCGACAGAUUCAACCGAAACCAAAUCCUUAGCUUCAUCAGCGAAUUCGACGAACUGGGGUGAUACGGCAAGUGGACAUGUGAAUGAUUACGUGCCAGAUGAUAACGACGAUCCAUUUAUGCGUACAGCUCAGAAGACUCAAACAGGUUUCCGUGUCAACGUCAACUUUGCUCAUCGUGGAAAAAAAGACAACACAAAAGAUUAUCAAAGUAUCAGUCUGACCGACGUCAUGUGGUUAGUCAAUGCACACGAUGUGACAAAUGCGCCGACAGAAGAAUUGAUGCGCGAGAAGACUGCAAACUUGGAGGAACAGAUUAAGGAAGCCACGUCACGCUCCAAAUCGCUGGAAAAGGAAUUGCGUACCAAGCACGACAAACAGACGAGGGAAUUAACUUUGCAACAGAAAAAAUUUGACGCGCUUGUGGCCCAAUACAGAAAAAUUCAAGCAGAAAAUGAGAAGCUUCAAGUGAGUGUAUCGGGACACCGCGUCACAGUCGAUGCUUUGCGUAAAGAAGCGACUGAAAAGGAUAUGCUUGCGAACGAAGAGCAACGAGCGCUUAACGCAGAAACUGCAGCUCAAAAUCAGGCACUAGAGGAAAAAGCUAAAGCGCUUGCAACUGCACGUAUGCGUUACAAGCGCGACAACAAGCAGCUCGCGGCGGCUGUAGAGGAUGCGAAGAAACGCUUAGAACAACACAAAGCUCAAGCCAAUAUGGACUCGCAAGAUCCAGUCGCAAAAGAUCUUAAGACAGAAAUGGACAAAGUGCGACAGCUACACGCAAAACUGGAGGCAGUUCGCCAACAUCGACUUGUUGUUGAGGAGGAGAGUAAGGCACUAUUUAACCAAGUGGUGGAAAAGAAGGCUGACCUAAAAUUUAAGUCAAAGAAGAAGAUGGAAACAGCGUUAAGCGAGGUGGAUGCAAAGAUAAAGACUUUAAAAGAGGAGCAAGCUUCAUUGUCGAAGAGUUUGGCGCAAAAACCGGAGGGCGACGCUUUACGCAAAAUUAAUGCUCGAAGGAACGACAUUAGAAGUGAACUUGGCGCUUUGAAGGAACGACGGACAAUGCUGCUUGCGGAGAAGCGAAAGCAGGAGGGUGUAGAGCUGUAG